UACUUGCUUUCUGCGUCCCUGGCGUUACAAAAUCUCGUCAGCUGCUCCAAACCUUUCUUCAAUUUCAUCACAAUUUCUCUCCCUCAUUCUCUUGGCCCAAUUUUCUACAUUUACACGAUCAAAAGCGGUUCGGAGAUUCAGGAUCGGAGCAAAGCUUCCUCAAGCUUCUCUGCUACUAAAUAUAUCUGCACACAAUUCAAUUCUCACUUGUCAUCUUCAACUACUCUAAUUCCCAUUUUCGUUUUUGUAGAUUUUCUGAAGGUAUGGAACCAGAAAACAUCGAUUGGAACAACGUAGAAUCGGAAUUCAUCGAAGACGACACGUACGAGAACUACGAUGCGCCUCAAUGGGUUGAUCUCUCUGCCCCGGACCGGCCCGUUCACGAUGAGCCCUGGUUCUGCGCUCCAGAUUGCAAGCAUCAGAAGAAUAAUGCAGAUUUUCUGAAACCAGUGCGCCUUUCGAAGGUUAAGCUUCUAAGAACAGCUUCCAUUUCAGAAAUCCUUCCUUUCAGGGAUAGGAAUCGAAGCAGAAAUGUGAAGCCAAAAGAAAAAGAAAUAAAUCCAUCUUCAUCUACAAACUUUCCCGAUUCAAAGUCUUUGAAAACGAAAGGAUCAUAUUAUUCACAGAGUAGUUCUAUUGAAGACGGCGAAAACAGGAAUCCAAACGUUUCUGCUCCCAUUCCUAAUGGGAGGACCAGAUCAGAGAAAGCAACAAGGAAACCAAGCACAGAGAACGAGAAGAAAUCGGUUGAGUUGUCGGAGAAUUCGUCAAAGCAUGACCGGAAACCGCAGAUGAGGAAUACAUUCUCGGCGCGUAAUUUGCUGGGCGGACGGGAAAUUCUGAAUCAGAUCACAGAAUUCUGUUCGGAAUUGAAGAAAUUGGGGAGGAGAAGGAGUUGGAAGAAAGGGACCAAAGCGAAAGAACAGGAUGGGGUUUUAGGCGAGCUAAAGAAGAGAGUUAGAGACAGAGAAAGGAGUCCUCUGCUUGUGGUUAAAGAAGAACAAGUCUAAAGCAGCAAUAGAACAGAGAGAGAAACAGGAGAAACAGAAGAGGGAAGAGAGUUUUUUUUUUUUUUCUUUUAAUUUCUUUGAAGUAGUCUCUGAUCAAAGUUUCUACCAACCAAUUGUGAAUGCUGACAUUUAGAAUAUUAAUUUCAAAUUUUAUCAA